AUGACGUUGCCAUCUUGGAUGGAGGUCAUCGCUUGGUUUGUCACUGUUUCUAUCGUUGUCCCUACUUGGGGGUGUUUUUUUCUUGCGCUAUAUCCACGGCCAGCAUGGAAGAUCAUUGAUUCUGCUUCUACUCCCCCUUCAACACCCAGCCUAAUGCAUUCCUCAGCUCCUAUUCCUGCUCUGCCAGUUUCAUUCCAAGCUCAGGCUCAGACACUAGCUCAUGAUCCAGCUCAAAUCCAAGCUCAUUCUCCAGCAGUAGCAGCAACAUCUGCUCUUCCCUCAUCAUCCGACGUGUAUGAAAUUAUGAAAGAAAUCAGGGAGUUUUCUAAAGGGACAAAUGAGCUGCUGAAGGAGAUGCGGGAUCUCACUCGUGGAACGAUGAAUGUAUGUUUAGAAAUGAGAGGUAUUGCACAGAUUCAUGCCCAGUUCACAUCAACGAAGGUUACUCUAGACAUAAUAGCUAGAAUUGAAGAGCGGACUGGAAUCAUACUGAACACGAAUGAAGAUUUGCUUGGCUUUAUUAAGAUAUUAGAAGAAGGUACACUUGGACUAUUUCGUUCAUGA